UCUAAUUUCUCAACACAUCAACCCUUGAACAAGCACAUGCUCGCAGCAAACACCUUGUCGAUGUCAUGGUUGGCUCUUUACAAGAUCUACUUCCGGCCCUUGUCAAUGAUGCGCAGAGAAAUCUGAAGGAUGCCUUCGAUAUUUGGGCUCAGAGCUUACGCGCCCAAGCUCUGGUGACAGUCAUUCUUACAUCAACAUUUCUAGCAUGGAUCAUCUGCCCACCAGUAAGGACUUCAGCAUCGCCUUCACAAAUAAAAUCGCGAUGGGUCUCAUAUGCUCUCGUCAGCACUUCAUUAUUUCUGCUCAGCCUAUCUGGCGGAGCUUGGACGCUCCUGGUCAAUCGCUAUGUUCCAGAACCGUAUCUUGACGAGUUCUUCCAUAUACCCCAAGCACAAGUAUACUGCGAAGGGAGAUACCGGCAGUGGGAUGACAAGAUCACUACGCCUCCCGGCCUGUACGGGGUGACUAUCAGCUACCUCUUUUCCGUGAUAUACAACAAGAUAACAAUGCUCACAUGUGAAACCUCGAUCUUGCGUUUCCACAAUCUCUCGGUUGUUCUAGUAAUUGUUGCUGCUGCAGCGCAAUGCCGCAAUCUGAUCGAAAGGAGGCAGGCUGAGCGGGUCGGCAAGGUUGCUUCAACAAACCUGUCCCUAUACUCGUUUCACACGGCCAUCAACACCGCCUUGAUGCCAGUUGUCUUUUUCUUCUCGGGUCUCUACUACACUGAUCCCCUGUCGACCUUGGCGGUGCUUCUCUCUUACCGACACCAUCUGCAACGAGUCGGGCCGGAGCGACCAGGUCUUUUGAGUGAUGUGUGGACUGUCAUCCUGGGUGUGGCUGCCCUCUUCAUGCGUCAGACCAAUGUCUUCUGGGUUGUCGUCUAUAUGGGCGGCUUGGAGGCUGUUUACACUCUGCGGUCUGUCAAGUCAGGUGCUCAAGAGUUUCUCACUACACUUCAUGACCCGCCACUGAGCAACUCAGGGCCUGAUGACUGGUUCUUUUGUCUCCUCACCAUUGCUGUGACUGCUCUCUGCAACCCGGUCAAGGUCCUGCGCCAGAUAUGGCCUCACCUCACUAUUCUCGGUCUAUUCGCUGGCUUUGUAGCCUGGAACGAAGGCGUUGUCCUUGGGGAUAAAUCUAACCACAUCGCAACCAUUCACCUCGCUCAGAUGCUCUACAUCUGGCCUUUCUUCGCCUUCUUUUCCCUGCCCCUAUUCGUCCCUUCCAUUCUUGGGUUCAUCACAGGCCCUCUGCAAACUAUCCACUCACUCAUUCUCCGCCCCAACGCCCUGUUCACCAUCCCCUGGGCCCUCCUCACCGCCCUCCUAUCGGCAGCAGUAGUCAGGUACAACACCAUCAUCCACCCCUUCACCCUCGCAGACAACAGGCACUACAUGUUCUACAUCUUCCGGUACACCAUCCUCCGCUCCCCGCUCAUCCGCCUCCUGCUGGUGAUCCCCUACACCGUAGCAAGAUGGCUCGUAUGGGGAAGCCUGUCCACCACCACCCCAUCAACAACCCAGCCCUCGGGGCCAAAACCACGGACUGCUCCCGCCCAGCCAAAGGCAGCUCCUGAGAGCGAUGGGCAAUUGACCCUGCUCGACUCCCCCUCUUCAGUCUCAGACACCACCCCCACCACAUCAACGGCCAUCCUCUGGCUUCUGACCACCGCCCUCUCUCUGGUUACCGCCCCGCUAGUUGAACCCAGGUAUUUUAUUCUGCCCUGGGUAUUCUACCGGCUGCUGGUCCCUUCCUGGUCUUUUGCCUCCGUUGGCAUCGGCAAAAGGAUCGAUCUGCGGCUCGUUCUCGAGACGACCUGGUUUGUGGGUGUCAAUGCGGUGACCAUGUACCUGUUUCUGUUUAGGCCCUAUGUAUGGAAGGAUAGUGAGGGGAAUGUACUCGAUUCGGGGAGAUUGCAGAGGUUUAUGUGGUAGAGGGGGUUGCGGCUAUGGGUGUGGGUAGAUUUGGGGACUGGCGUCAGCAGGUAGUAAACAACACAGGUUAAGCCUCUCUUUGAUUGGGGGUAGUGAUGCUGAGUGUGAAGAACACAACAACUUCAUUGUAUUUUUCUCCAAAAUACUCCCAUAU